UUUCCUGGGAGGAGCAUAUUCAAGGUGUCUGUUGCAGGCUGAGCAGGAUCCUGUUCCUACUGAAGGGUCUGAAGAGGUGCGUUCCCGCGGCCUAUCUACGCAUGUGCUAUUUUGCUUUCUUCCAGAGUGUGAUGGCUUAUGGUAUCACACUUUGGGGCAGUUCCACCCAUGUGAGGAGGGUCCUGCUUUUGCAGAAGAGGGCACUUAGAAUCUUAUGCAAUGCUGAACACCUUGCCCAUUGCCGCCCACUGUUUAUACAAGAGGGUCUUCUAACUGUUUAUGGCCUUUAUAUUUUCAGAUCUGCUGUGAAUGCAUUUGGUGACCUGGAGGUCCAGCCUGUCAGGGGAGACUCCCAUGAGUACGACACUCGUAACAGAUUACGGCUGGAUCUCCCAUACUGCAGGUUGGGGAGGACGCAAUCCAGUGUGGUCUACCUGCCGGGAAAGAUUAUAAAUAAGCUGCCCAUUUCAGUGAGGAGUCUACCUGUGGCUGCCCUAAAGCGAAGGUUGAAGCACUUCCUGCAGGAGAAUCCUUUCUACUCACUUAACGAAUUCUUUGAAUGUGACAGUGCACUGGUCAGCUAUAAAGGCAUUCCACAGUGUCCGUACUUUGCCUACCAGGGGUGAUGUGCAUGAUCAUGGCACCAGAGGCAGGCUGAGGCUGGACCUGCCAUAUUGUAGAUUGGGGAGGACCCAGAGCAGCCUCAUCUACCAGCCAGCUAAAAUUUUGAACAAGCUGCCAGUUUCAGCCAGGACUCUGCCAGAGACAGUCUUGAAGAGGAGACUGAGGGCUUUCCUUCAGGAGAACCCCUUCUAUUCUAUGAGGGAGUUCUAUGAUUGUGAUCCUCAGACUGUAAGUAGAUACUUCUUGCAUUAGUCUUGCUGCCUCUUCUGCUUGCUGCUUUUUGUGUUUGAUGUGUAUUUUUGUUCUUGACCUGUCUUAUGACAGUUUUUUAUGUUCUU